UCCCAAUGGGCCGCUGAACGCUGCAGCAUCAUCGCUCGCCUCACCGUCUCCUUAUACUGCAAACGUGAAUGAACGGCUCUUAUGGGGAUCACUACGAACCGGUCGCUCGCUGCUCCCCUCCAAGCCUUUGACGCACACGGAGAAGGCGGACAACGAGCCUUUUUCCUAGAAUAAUAUUGCCGAAGAAGCAUCCGCGGAUCACGACUCUUAAUGGCACCGCUUAAUGCCAUUUAAUAUAUUUUUACGUAAUUCGUCGGGCUUUGCCGGUUUUCCGAAAAUCUGAUUUUACGGACGCAGCAGCAGUAGGGACAGGAUAUCACGGCUGCUUCAGCUCCACAAACCCACACACAUCUGACGGAUAACAGAAGCCGAGAUGGAUGCGGAAACAGAUGGAAUGGAAACGGAAUAGAACAGCUGAAUCCCUCAAUCAAAAUUCUGCAUCAGGAGUGUGGUCUCCAUCCAGACCUCCUUUCAGGAAGAAUGUGCCACCAACGGCCAGAAGAGGGUUGCAGAUGUAUUAUGAAGGAUCCACUGGGUAUGAGAGGUGUGGGCGAGCAAGAAGCAUACCUUAGGGGAAAGGGAAAUCUGUGCCAUUGAACUGCAGAGGAGCCAGUCAUUUUAUAAAAAGCCGAGUGGAAGGCAGGUGGGAGGAUCAAACGCGCUUAGAGUGCAGCCAUGAAGUAUACACCUUAUCAAAAUCACAUCAUGAAAAACAAAAUUAAUUAUUUACACAAAAACAGUAGAGGGGAGGUUGAAUGAUUCAUGGAAGCAAUUUGGGUCCAAGCGAAAAGAGAAAAAAAAAAAAACAAGUCUAUUGAAGUUGCUUCCAAUAGGACAGUGUUUCAGAACUGGGCUUACAGUUAAAUUUCUUGUGCGGAACCUUGACAUGGAACUGAAGCUGCUGUCUUUCAGAAGGUGCAGAACAUGCCAUGCUUCAGAGCCUGCCCAUAUAAGUUGUAUAAGUUGCUGUUGACAACAACAUCGAUUAUGCCAAAAAAAGAACAAGCACUGCUGGGUUUUAUAUUUCAUUGCCAAAGGUUGAUAUUAGCAGCACUCCUGGGCUGGUUCUAAUUAAGCUGUGAAACAGGAGAUGACCUGCUGAACCAAUGGUUUGGGUAGCUGAGAUACAUGGGUCAAAGGUUUAAUAAACCCCAACUGAACAUCUGCUUCAUUAAAGAUGGACUGCAUGGACUUAUUUCCCUUUUGAAUGUUGGGGUACCCUGCCUGGACUGUAGUCUUACUCCAACAGGGGCAAUGCUCUGAAGGGGAAUCCUUGGCUACCAUGAAAGGGUUGGGAAUCAACCGUAACCGUCACCUGUCUGAUUCCUGCGAACCAUCGUCAGGCUUGCCGGAGGUCAUGUACCCCCUGGCCCCUGACCCCCGGAGCCCCUUCCUCCUGAGCCCCACCAUAGACCACUAUGGUACCAUGGACUCUCACCACUUCCCCCCUACCAGCCCCACCUCUCUGCCCCCUGAGUGCAUGCUACCCCUCCACAACCAGAUGACUAACAGCAGCACCUUCCCUCGAAUCCAUUACAGUUCUGAGUUUGCGCCCAGCUCCAUGCCGGGCAUCCCCUCAGCAAACCUGGGAACCUCGAUGCCCUUUGGUAUGAGUGUCGGCAUGAGCGUGGGUGUGGGAGGGACCCCUCUCAUCACCAGCGGUUCAGCUACCAUCUCCGCAGCCAGCAAGAUCAACAGGCUCCCUGCCAACCUGCUGGAUCAGUUUGAGAAGCAGCUUCCCGUGCAGCGGGACGGAUUCAGCACCCUGCAGUUCCACCGCAACCGGACGUCGAAGCAGCGCAGCGAGAGCCCGGGCCGCAUCCGUUAUCUGGUGCACUCGGUGCAGAAGCUCUUCGCUAAGUCGCAGUCACUUGAGGCCUCCAUCAAGGGAAACCUCAAUGGACGUGCUGCAGAAGGUAAGCGUGGCCGGCGCAGCAAGAGCAAAGACCGGGCAAAGACCGAAAGCGCCAAGAGGCGGAACCGCUCUAAUAUACUGGGCUUGUGGAGCUCCGAGGACAAUCUGGAUGAUGAUGCUGGUGGCUGCCACGCCCCAGUGGCCAUGAUGACUCUGGGCCGUUCCGCACCUGAAAGCCAGGGGGCGCCAAAGGUCUUUCCACAGGGCUACAACACCAUUAGUGAAAACACACUGAAAGCCUCUAAGAGCAACAAUGACCUCAAGGUCCAGGUGUGUCCACCGUUUCCUGUGCCUGUGGAUGGAACCGGGGAUGGGAAUGGUGGAGAAGCUGUCGAAAACAAGGUGGUGAAACGCAGCUCCUGGUCCACCCUGACCCUCAGCCAGGCUAGGCAGGUCUGCCAGAUGGGGUCGGCCACAAUUGAUAAAUCACUGCUCAAGUCCAAGUCCUGUCACCAGGACCUGACGUGUCGUUACCUGCAGGCGGGCGAAUGGAACAACACGCUGGGCCGCACCCGGGGCUCCAGUGAAAUCCCAUGCCGGCGAAUGCGCAGCGGCAGCUACGUGAAGGCCAUGGGGGACCAGGAGAACAGCGAGGACUCAGAGGGCAGCCCCAAACCCUCGCCCAAGAUGGCAGGCCGCCGCCAGAGCUACCUGAAAGCCACCCAGCAGUCUCUGAGCGAGCAACUGCCAUUACGCAAUUGUCUCCCUUCUUUGCAAGAACUCUCCACCAAUCGCAGCCUGGACAACCUGGACUGUAUCAGUGGACCACCCAGUGCAACUUUCCCAAACUGGGAUGAGGAGGACUUCAGUCUGGGCUGCAACACGCUUGGCAAAAUUGGCUGCGUCACUAAGAUGCAGGUUCCAGAGGUGGGCCAGACCGCUGUGGACACCUACCAGGAUUCGCCGUUUGGUGAAGGCAGCAUGCAGCCGGCCACAGAAGCAGUGGAGCUGCCAUCAGCCACCUGCUUCCGCUCACGAUCGCACAGUUACUUGCGUGCCAUACAGGCUGGCUGUUCCCAGGAUGAGGACACUGGCUCCCUGGACUCUGACUCACCUCCACCCACCGCCACCACUGUUCGAACGUACAGCUCCAGCACCACCUCCACGUGUAUAACCACCUGUAAGAGGACUCCGCCCCCUGUGCCGCCUCGCAUUGCCGCCAAGCCCUUCAUCUCCGUCACGGUGCAGAGCAGCACAGAGUCAGCCCACGACACGUACCUGGAGAACCAGGAGCGCAGGACUGAGGCUCCCCCCGCCGCCAGCCGGCCUGUGCCCAGUUACCCUCCCGACGGCCCGGAGCGGGUCUAUGCCACCCAGCCUUCACCCUGCACCACCCAACAGGAGCCCCCAACCCCCAGCAGCCCCCCCAAGGAGUCGCAGCAUGACACGGCGCAGAGCCCCCCGGACACCCUGACCCCCAAGGAGCCCCAAGCUGAGCUCGGACCCAAAAGGAAGCUCUCAUCCAUCGGGAUCCAGGUGGACUGCCUUCUGCCGGUCCAGAAAGAGGAAACGCCACCCCUGACCAGAUUCCAGUCCAUCGGUGUCCAGGUGGAAGACAGCUGGCAGCUCAACCGCUCCAGCAGCAUGGCAUCCAAGCCGGAAGCGGACUCUGACAUCCAGGAUGAUCCCAAGCCAGCAGAUAAGGGAGUGGCUGACAGCGCCACGCAGCCAGAGAGUGAGCCGGCGCCCAACACCCAGGGCAACAGUGAGGGCGGCACCGGAUGCCAGGUCAGCUCCUCUGUCCCGUCCUCGUCGUCCUCCUCCUCUUCUGAGAGCCUGGACCCAGCGCUGGACCCGUCUUCGUUGCCCCCACCGGACCCCUGGCUGGAAAGCGUGACCAGCAAUGGCGGUAGCGUCCCCACCGGCGAGACCCCCCCGGUCGGCGCGCCCACCUGCCGGAGAGACGGCCACUGGUUCCUCAAGCUGCUCCAGGCCGAGACGGCACGGAUGGAGGGCUGGUGCCAGCAGAUGGAGCAGGAGACCAAAGACCACCAGCUGUCGGAGGAGGUGCUGGGGAGGGUACGCAGUGCCAUAGGUAGUGCCCAGCUUCUCAUGUCCCAGAAGUUCCAGCAGUUUCGAGGACUCUGCGACCAGAACUUGAACGUGGAUGCCAACCCACGGCCAACUGCCCAGGACCUGGCUGGCUUCUGGGACCUGCUGCAGCUCUCCAUUGAGGACAUCAGCAUGAAGUUUGACGAGCUUUACCACCUCAAGUCCAACGAUUGGCAGCUUUCCGACUCGCCAGACAAGAAGGAGGAUAAGAAGCAGCCCCCUCCAGUGCCAAAGAAGCCCAGCAAGGCAAAGCUGGCAGCAAACCGGGAGAAGGGGAGCAUCGGCAGCGGCAGCGGUGGUGGCAGCGGCGGCAGCAGCGACCCGGCGGACAAGCAGCGGCAGGAAGCCCGCAAACGGCUAAUGGCCGCCAAGCGGGCCGCGUCUGUGCGACAGAACUCCGCCACAGAGAGUGCCGACAGCAUCGAGAUUUACGUGCCCGAGGCGCAGACACGCCUCUGAAAGCGAGAGGCGCUGGGUGGCGUGAGAAACAAACGAAACACGCCCCCUACUCCCCCC